CACAACUUUGCCCUGGAAUGGUUUACUUUAAUCCAUCAAUCGAUUUAGAACCUUUCCCAGGGAUAAGCCACAUAUAUAGAACUACACAGGAACGAUGUCGGGGAAGCCAAAGAGAACAAUGAUCCCACCGAUCAACUUGAUCUUCAAAUACUUACAGCAACAAGCACCCGUGACGAUAUGGCUCUACGAACAAACACAGCUGAGAAUACAGGGCAAGAUCCGUGGGUUUGACGAGUUUAUGAAUGUAGUAGUUGACGAUGCGGUGGAGGUUUCCACCGAGGACGGCACUCGUGAGUCCCUUGGACGGAUUCUCUUGAAGGGAGACAACAUCACGUUGAUUUCAAGUGUGGAAAUGUAAAGAGUGAGACAGAAUUAAUAAAAGAUGUAUAUUAGAUAGGAAUAGAAUAAAUACGAAUAAGGCGUAC